UGAAGACAUGAAUGAAUUCGUUCACCCCAACCUUGAAUCUGCGCCUGCACGUGAAGAAAGAAUGGUGCGUGUGGCGUGCCUCCCUUAAAGCCAAUAAAAUGCGUCCACAUUCAAAACCACAACGAACCAGAGUUAUGUUGCAUUCUUUCUCCUCCUGACGCAUUACGCCUGAACAAUAUAUGGUCUGGUCCGCUCGACUUUUCCGGGCUUGAAUCCUUUAAAUGGUUUCUUCUUUCUGGUCUAACGAAGAACACCUGGAUUGGAACUAGGAGGAAAACAUUUUACAUUCACUCCAGGAAAAAGGGGAAUCACCUUUCUGAUGUCUACAUUGGCCAAAUCUGCAAAUAUUUUCUGGCAUGAAUGUCCAGUUGGAAAGCUAGAAAGGCAGAAACUACUGAAGCAAAAAGGAUGUGUUGUAUGGAUUACAGGUCUCAGUGGAGCAGGGAAAAGCACAUUGGCAUGCUCGGUAGGAAGAGAAUUGCACAAUAGAGGAAAUCUCGCCUACAUCCUUGAUGGAGAUAAUCUUAGGCAUGGUCUGAACAAGGAUCUUGGUUUUAAACCAGAAGAUCGUGCAGAAAAUAUACGUAGGGUUGGGGAAGUAGCAAAACUUUUUGCAGAAGCUGGUUUAAUUUGUAUUGCUUGUUUGAUAUCUCCAUAUAGAAGAGAUCGAGAUGCUUGCCGUGCUCUAUUGCCAGAUGAAAGUUUUAUUGAGGUCUUCUUGAAUAUGCCUCUAGAAGUUUGUGAACAAAGGGAUGCAAAAGGCCUUUACAAGCUUGCACGUGAAGGAAAGAUUAAAGCAAGGUUAGACUCUGGCCAAGUGCUUGCAGACCUCUGAUGAAAAAGGCCUUCAUAUCAUUCUUAAAGCCAGACUUGGAGGGAGCCUCAAGUCUAGUAUGGUCCAGUCAACAGGAAUACAAAAUCAGUUUUUCUAAAGGAAGUACUUUCUAUUUCUUUUGUUCCUUUCUUCUCUAUCUUUCCUCUCUUCUGUUUUACUAAUUUUUACCCUCCAAAUAAGAGCAAAGCAUGCCAUUUUCCAAUUUAAAAAUUUGUGGUGUUAUGGGGAACUGGCUUACUGCAAUAACAGUGGGACUCCUAAGCCCUGUUUGGCAAUGUUCCCACCUGUUCCUGUUCUUUUAGAAAUUCCUGUGCUAGAACAAGAAUUUUAUUUCUUGCUCCUUGGGAGUAACAGAGGCGUUUGGCAAAAUGUUUUUCGAGAACACAUUUUUGUUCUACAGAAAUAGAAUGGCGUUUGGAUAACAAAUUCAGAUGAAAAGAAACCCCAUUCAAUCGACAUAAUAGAAACCCCACAUUUCAAGAUAUCCAACAAAGUAAAAAAAUAAUAUGAACAAACAAAUUCAGAUGAUGGAAACUCAGCAUCUGUUAGACUUAGAGAUGAUUGUUGUCAGAGAUUAGUUUGGGUGAAUCUAGCCAGAGCAACGACGAGUAAAACAGAGCAAUGACGAGUAAAUCAGGUACAAUGAGAAGGAAUACACCUACCUGUUUACGUGAAUCUGGCCGGAAAUGUCGCUGGAGCUUCGUACUGUUCGCUCGCCGUCCUGUUGUUGGCGCAGCAGGAGCCAAGGGAGUUCCCUCCUCUGAGAUGUGCAGCAGCAAUGAGGUAGUGUCAAAUGAAUGAAAGGUGGUUGUUUAGGGCUUGUUUCUAUCAUUUUGUGUGAAAUACCAAACAUACCCCUUCUCUCACAUGGGAAUCGAUGGCACGUGUUCGUUAAUAUGCAUUAACAUUGUGAGAACUGCGUGUUCUCUAGGAACACGAUCUUUGAGAGUGUCAAUUUAUCACUCCCAAAGUACGCAUUCUUUGGGUGAUGUUCUCACGUGAGAAUAGCUUGUUUCUUUCAUUUUUUUUUUUUUGGUACCAAACACAUUCCUGCUCCGAAGAACACCGGGAACGAUAGAAAUGUUUCCAAACAGGGCCCUAGAUUCUGCAAAUCAAGCCUAAAGAAUACCUUGGUUCUGAAAAUCAAAUUUGCCCUUCUAGAGUUCUUAACAUAUGAUAGUAGCAUAUUGCUGACUGCAAGCCGCCAGUUAUAACCAGAACUUGUGAGCAUAGUGCUAUUACCUAGUUCAUUAUUUUAUGCUAUGCAAUUUGUCACAUUGAAUGAUAGUAUGAUACCGAUAAUCUUGAAAUCGCCAGUUAAGAUGUCUUCUAAAAUAAGAUGAAAGGGAUGAAUAAUUCAAACUUUUAAUGGGUGGAGGGAGUUGAUUGGUAAAGCUUCACUUAUUAAUGGCUGGUCAGGUGGUAGAUUGGAAUGUCUUAAGAAUGCAUAUUAUUAUAUCAUAUGUUAAACUAAAACUUGGAGCUCUGCUAACUAUCACAUUGAA